GAAACUCUCCACACGACACAACCCCGAGUUCGACAUGGCGUCCAACGUAGCGGACUCGCCAUUCUUCCAGCAGCAGAAGGCGAAAGGCAACAUCAUCGUCCAUGAUCCUCCGAAAUUCGACCUCGAAUCCUAUAUCUCCAAUUACGAUGGCUUCACUCGUCUCGACCGCCUGCACCACAUCGGCUCGCACUCGGCCUACCUCGCCGUAGACGCAUACCGCAUAGCUAUCGCGGAGGCCAAGCAGGGCAAGAACGUCAAGCUGUACCUCUUACUCGUCGAGGAGCUUAGUCAGAUAGCGCCGAAUGACCCGGCGGCCCUGACAGACACGGCGUGGGCGGAGAAGAAGACGCGGGAGGUGCAGCAGGAGCAGGACCGGCUGGACCAUGAGCUGAAGUCGUACAAGAACAAUCUCAUCAAGGAGAGCAUACGGAUGGGCAACGAAGACAUGGGCCACUUCUUCUACGCAUGCGGGGACUGGAGCGCUGCCCACAAGGCUUACAUGCGCAUGCGGGAACACUGCACUUCGAACAAGCACCUCGCCGACAUGACUCUCCGCCUCGUGUUCGUCAGCAUCGCACAGAAGUCGUGGUUAGGCGUGCAAUCGCACGUUGCCAAAGUGGACGCGGCACAGCUCAAGGGAGACGAGAAGAUCAAGCUAGAACCAAUCAUUUCUGCUUGCACGGGGCUGGCACAUAUGUGCACGAGCAAUUUCCGCGACGCGGCUACGAACUUCAUUCACACCUUCCCCACCUUCUUGACACUAGAGCCAGCGGCGGGGAUAACAUGGCAGCGGGAAGUUCUAUCGGGCAACGACAUAGCUGUAUACGGCGGCCUCUGUGCACUAGCAUCGAUGGACCGGAGCGAGCUGCAGAAUCAGGUCCUAGCUAAUAGCGACUUCCGCAACUUCCUGGAGCUCGAGCCGCACAUCCGCCGCGCCAUUACCCUCUUCUGCAACUCCAAGUACAGCGCCUGCCUUGAGAUUCUAGAGGGCUACCGGAAUGACUAUCUCCUGGAUGUAUACCUUUCCAAGGUCCUCAGCACCAUAUACGGUCGCAUCCGAACCAAGAGCAUCGUCCAAUACUUCAUCCCCUUUAGCUGCGUCACGCUGGAUGAGAUGGCGACCAAGUUCCAGCUCACAGGCGAAUUCGCUACCAUCGAGGAUGAGCUCGAGACGAUGAUCAACAACGGCACUCUGGAUGCGCGGAUAGACCUCGUUGACCGGCUCCUUAUUUCACCUCCGACAAAUCCGCGCUACAAUGUCCACGCAGAUGCCCUCGCCAUGGCGGAGAAGUACGACCACACUCUCCGCCUGCGGUUGACGCGCCUCAACAUGCUAGCUGCAGGAAUGGAGAUACGGCCAGAUAAGAACCAGCCGCGGGAGGGACCUCCGGGAACGGGUGAGGGUCUGAGCUCUGGGAUGAGGGGUAUUGGAUCCAGGCUAGGCCUGACGUAGGCGCCAAAAGAAUAGAGCGAGCGACAUUGAUAUAGCAUUUGCAGGCGUUCUUCGGGAUGGCGUAGAGCAGCGAUAGGUAUAGCAACUCCGCUAAGGGGCGUUGAACCGUUCAGAUGACGGAUGCAUGAAGGAGGCGCGGUCCCCCAAGGCCGCAUCCCCGCGCUCCAUCGAAUGAAAAUGCAAGGUCUUCAACAU